AAAAUAAAAAAUCUUCGGAGGGCAGAAAAGAGUCGCCCAUUACAAUAUAAUUUGGUAAAUUCGAUUGAGAAACUGAACUGAGUUUGAGCUUGAGCAUUUUCAAAAGCGGGAAAAGUGUGAGCACAGAAGAGGCACAACGAAACCCUAGUCGUCUCCAAACUCCAACACAAGGAAGAAAUGCCUUCCUUUCCUCAUCCUGGUUCUGUCUCCAUAUGCGAAAUCAAUCGCGACCUCAUCACUGCUGAGAGCCUCUCGGAUGAUGUAGCCAAGGACACUUAUGGAAAGAUUCUUGGAAUGGUAUUCAGUCCGGUUCCAUUUCAGCCGGAUCAGCUGGCGCGGCCACCAAGCCCCGACCAGGACGACCAACAAGUUGCAACGACAGCUUCAACAAAGGGACUUCUACAAAAUUUGCAGGGGAUCCUCAACCGCUCUCUCACACCUCUCUUCCAUCCUAAUCAUGUAAACUUGUUACCAGAAGUUGAUCUUCAAGGAGUCAGCUGGCACCAACAUAAACAUAUUAUAGCAUUUAUAUCUGGCCCAAAUCAAGUUAUAGUUCGUGAUUUCGAGGAUUCAGAAGGGAAGGAGCCAUGCAUUUUGGCUAAUGAGUCCCAGAGAGAGGUCAAGGUACUUGAGUGGAGGCCAAAUGGUGGGAGACAACUUUCCGUAGCAUGCAAUGGUGGAAUUUGCAUUUGGGCUGCUUCUUUCCCGGGAAGUGCAGCCUCUGUCAGAUCCGGUGCUUCUUCAUUCUUGGGAACUCUCUCUAGAGGUUCUGGAGUCCGAUAUACUUUGGUGGAUUUUCUUCGAAGUCAUAACGGGGAACAGAUCAGUGCACUGUCAUGGAGUCCCGAUGGAAGAUAUUUGGCAUCUGGCUCUUAUGAGAGCUCGUCAUUUACCAUAUGGGAUGUUGCUCAAGGGCUUGGGACACCCAUUAGACGAGGACUAGGUGGCAUAUCAAUGCUGAAGUGGUCGCCAACUGGGGAUUACUUUUUCUCAGCAAAAUUUGAUGGAACAUUUUAUCUCUGGGAGACAAACACAUGGACAUCUGAACCAUGGUCUUCAACUAGUGGCUUCGUCAAGGGAGCAUCAUGGGAUCCUGAUGGGCAUAUGAUACUUCUCGCUUUCUCUAAAUCUUCAACAUUGGGUUCCAUUCACUUUGCUUCAAAGCCUCCAUCACUUGAUGCGCACUUAUUACCUGUUGAGCUACCAGAGAUUAUGUCCUUAACAAACAGUCAGACCAUUGAGAAGAUAGCUUGGGAUGCUUCAGGAGAGCGUUUGGCUGUAUCUUUUAAAGAUGGUGAUGAGUUAUACAGAGGUCUUAUUGCCAUUUAUGAUGUUAGAAGGACUCCUCUAAUAUCUGCAUCAUUGAUUGGAUUUAUUAGAGGACCUGGGGACAAUCCAAAGCCGUUGGCGUUUUCAUUUCAUGACAAGUUUAAACAGGGACCAUUGCUUUUUGUGUGCUGGAGUAGUGGAUUUUGCUGUACCUACCCUCUCAUAUUUCGUUCCCAUGUUCUUCCCUAGUUUGUUCCCAAUUUGCUCUAUACGGUACCAGCACUGGAUUUUCCAGACCUGACAGAUUUUUGUAAAGUCAAACAUUGUUGAACUAGCAUUCUAAAAAUAUUUUUUAUUGAUUUUAAAGGAAAUUUUUGGUAAUGCA